AUGACUGCGUUAUCGAAAUUCGUCACAACAAUCUCACUGCUUCUGCUGGCGCACGCGGGAUUCUCGGCAUACGAGUUUUCACACUACCUCAAGCACCUUACCAUCAAGUCGAAUGCUUCUCUACCCGCCGAUAUAAUCGUCGAGACAGUCGUGGCGAUUGCGUUGUUUGGUCUCGGCCAGGUUAUCGCUGCGCCGACGUUGCAGCCGGUGUCGUUUGCGAAAUGGGCAAAGCAGGUUGAAAAGGAAGGAAAUAGCCCGUUUGCGUAUCUCGAACGCAGAGCCGGAUUCGUCAAUAUUCAGCAAAUACGCUCGGAUUAUAAGGAUAGUAUUAAGGCAUAA